GCGCGGCGCGGGCCGGAGUCGAGCCGGGUGGGCGGCGGGAGGACUGGUGACCCGGCCGGCGGCAGCGGUGGCUUCUGCUUCGCCGAGCUGGGACGCAGCGAUCGGCCGAUGGGCUGCACCUUCUCGGGCUGUUGCUCUCCCCGGGGAUCCACGCACCGGCGCCCGCCCGGGCUUUGUCAGUCGAUUCCAGCUGCCGCCGCGGGCGGAGCCUGAGGACCUGCGCUCGCGCCCCACACGCCCAGCUUCGCUCCGCUUGGCCGCGGGAGCCCUAGCGCAGCAUCCUUUGCCCGCUCAUGCUGCAGCUGGUGGCCAGCGGCGAAGCUGCGGCUGGAGCCUGCCUCUCAGUGACCUCAGCCCGGUCCCCGAGCUUCGCCCGAACCGCUUUCCACGAUGGCUGAGCUUGGGGCUCCGCGCCCCGCUUUGGCUUGGCUGGGACCGUUCCGCGCCAGGUGCCCCCGGUGCCCCCGCUAAGCCGCUCCAGACCGGGUAUCGCAGGGCCCGGCGCCCCUAGCCCUCGCCUCCCCGCCGCGCCCUUCCCCUCCCGCCCUCUCCGCUGCUGCUCCCCGGGGUUAGGGGCUAGGAGACCCAGACAAAGCCCCACUUUGUGAGGGAGGCAGGCUUGGAAUGUGCGCGGCGGCGCGCGCCCCCUCCCCGCCCCACCAGCUGCGAGUCUUAGCUCCCGGGAGGGUCGCGACAGAGAAGUCACCUCGGGCGUCGCCCUCUACCCUUGCAUCCCCGGCCCCCGUGGUCCAGACUUGGAGCUCACGCGGGCCCCUUCCACUCGCGCCAGUGUGAGUGAGCAAGGAUUUCGUAGAGGAAUUUGUUCUCUCCAAAACUGGGAGUGGGCACCGGUGCCUUGGCCCGCCUUUUUGGUGUAGCUGCAGGUCUGAGCUGUCUGGCCUCAGUCUCCCUACCCCGACCCCCACUUUUCUCCUCUCCUAGCCAUCCUAGAUCGCUGUGGGUCAUUGUUCUCGCUGCCAAAUGGGGGUGAUUUGUACAGGCUGCCAAGUUGGGGUGUGUUCUCUUUAUCCUGUUUUCCAAACAAAACAAGGCCUCUAAGGCCGACCCUGGGCAACCCACCUGGCCAUCACUCCAGGUUGAUGCUCUGAGUCUUACCAACUGGUAUUUUAUUGUACAGGAGCCACGCCCUGGUUUCUUAAAGGCGCCAGGCACUGUUUGACCAUGUGUUAUCUUUAUAGCGGGUGUGUGGGAGGCCUCCUGUGAGGCACUUAUCCCCACCCCACCCCACCCCCGCCUCCCUGAUCAUCCUCCCACCCCCCUCUGAGGAUUUAGGAAUGCCAGGGGGAAAGAAGGUGGUCCCAAGUGGCAGCAGCAGUGCCUCCCCGAACGCAGCCGCCACCACCACCGCCGCCGCUGCUGCUGCUGCUGCUGCCCACUCUGGCAUUAAACGUUUGGAGACCACCGAAGGGGCCUCAGCACAGAGAGACGAGGAACCCGAAGAGGAAGGGGAAGAGGACCUACGAGAUGGAGGUGUCCCUUUUUUCAUCAACCGAGGUGGACUGCCCGUGGACGAGGCCACCUGGGAAAGGAUGUGGAAGCAUGUGGCCAAGAUCCACCCAGAUGGAGAGGAAGUGGCCCUGCGGAUCCGUGGGGCCACCGACCUGCCCAAGAUUCCCAUACCAAGUGUGCCUACUUUCCAGCCGACGACGCCCAUCCCUGAGCGCCUGGAAGCCGUGCAGCGCUACAUCAGGGAGCUGCAGUACAAUCACACAGGGACACAGUUCUUUGAAAUUAAGAAGAGCAGACCUCUGACAGGGCUGAUGGACCUGGCCAAGGAAAUGACCAAAGAGGCUCUGCCAAUCAAAUGCCUGGAAGCUGUGAUCCUGGGAAUUUACCUCACCAACAGCAUGCCCACCCUGGAACGCUUCCCCAUCAGCUUCAAGACCUAUUUCUCAGGGAACUACUUCCGCCACAUUGUGCUGGGGGUGAACUUUGGGGGCCGCUACGGAGCCCUGGGCAUGAGCCGAAGGGAAGACCUGAUGUACAAACCCCCAGCCUUCCGCACGCUCAGCGAGCUCGUGCUGGACUAUGAAGCAGCCUAUGGCCGCUGCUGGCAUGUUCUGAAGAAGGUAAAGCUGGGUCAGUGUGUCUCCCACGACCCCCACAGUGUGGAACAGAUCGAUUGGAAGCACUCAGUGCUGGAUGUCGAGAGGCUGGGGCGGGAAGACUUCCGCAAGGAGCUGGAGCGUCAUGCCCGAGACAUGCGUCUCAAGAUUGGUAAGGGGACAGGCCCUCCUUCUCCCACCAAGGACCGGAAGAAGGAUGUUUCCUCCCCACAGAGGGCCCAGUCCAGCCCCCAUCGCAGGAACAGCCGCAGUGAGAGACGGCCUUCAGGGGAGAAGAAGCCUGCAGAGCCGAAAGCCAUGCCAGACCUCAGUGGGUACCAGAUCCGGGUGUGAGGCAGAUGCCAGCAUCCCCAGGCCUCCUCUGCUUCUGGAGGCCCAGACCCACCUGCACGAACGAACCUACUUCAUUCAGGCAGGGGCUGGUGAUGGGGCUGGCUUGGGGUGGGAGGCAAGAAGGAUGCCUUGCCCAUUCAGCCCCAAGUGACCUCCCCUCCCAUGAAGCCACGCCCCUAACUGUGGGUCAAGAAGCAGUUAGUAUUUUAUUUGGAGUUUU